AUGCUUAAAUGUUCUGUUGUUGAAAAAUUAUUAAAAGAGAAUGACUUGGAAGCUUACACUGAUCAUCUACAAAGUUUUUGUAGUGAUUGCUUACUAACUAACAUCCAAGCUAGACCGAACAAAGUAGAGAUUUUUCCAGCUGGACCUCCGUGGCAAGAGCAGGAUGAGCCUGUGGAUGAAGAAGAAAAAGCAGAAAAAGUUCUGCCUAAACGUAGGAAGAUCGCUAAAAAGCAAGAAGAGAAGACUCCGCAAAUGAGAAUCGCACCCGAAGAUGUUGAUGCUCACUUAAUUGAUUGUGUAGUUAAUGGAAGAGGCGAUAAGGAAAUCAUGUUUGAAAUCAGAAAGUACAAAGGAUUCGAUAAAGAAGGUUGUCGCGAACUCGCUGUUGAACUGUUGUCGAAGUAUUCGGAAGAAAGAAAAAUAAAUUUUGUCAAAAAGAAGACCGGUCAAGAAUUGGAAGUGAGAGAAAAGAAGAAAGUUGUAAAUGAGUCGAGCGUUCUUCCUUGGACUCCAUUCCCACGUGUUGGAUUCGAAGAGAAAACUUCGGAGUUACCUGAAGAGAAGCAGAAGCGAUAUGUUUCUAUCAUAUCCAGUCUUCUACAAUCAGGUGUCACUCGCUUUGAAUCGAACAACUUGGACUUAAAGAAUUUCACAUCCAAUUCCGAAGAAGAAUGUUUGAGAUUUACCCAGGCUGCUAUAGAGUUUUUCAAAGAAAACAUCGAAGAUUUUUCCGAUAAAAUGAAUCCUAUAACUUACCUUCCUAGGACGGUUCAUGAUAUCAUUCAGAGUCGUCACAAAAAAAGAUGGGGUGAAGAAAAACUGAUUUUUUCCUUGCAACCAAUCUCGGAAGUCGAGUUCAACCCAAAUCAACCGAACACUACGAACCUUUGCCCGAAAAUUUGCCAUACUGUUGUACCGGGCCGUAACGAUGCUUUCAACUUCCCGAACUUACAAGUUAAAUGUCAGAUAAACAUGAGAGACAUAAGACCAAACUAUCCUCUUGACUGUAUCAAUAUGUUCCCAAUUGAAACGGAUGAGCAUGUCAAAGCAAUUAGUCAAGAAAACGGUAUAAAGUUUGUUAUGGACGCUACAACAGCUUGUCACUUGAUGGUUGAUGCUUUUCCGGGGCUAGACUACAACUAUGCUGUUCCUGUUGAAGUUGUACAAGAAAUGUACAGAGGAGCAUGGUGCACCACCGUUAUUUUAGGAAAACCACGAAUCUUUGGUAACAUCAGAAACAACUGUGUAACCAGGAAAAUCUUCAAAGCAACAAUGAAAGCAUCGUUCGUAAAACACAACAGAAUUCAUAAACUGAAACAAAUGCUUAGUAGAAAAAAGGAUGAAGAGGACAGCACGGAGAAGAUAGAAUCCGAGGAUGCUUCCUAUGAAACUAACAACGAUCCUCUCGAUAAUAUCAUGUCAGCGAUAGGCGAAAAAGAGAAACCCUCUGAAAAAUUAGAAACCGGAAAACGUUACACAGUUUUUACUAUUGGCAUGCAUCAAGUGCUCAUACGAAGCACUCCACCUUUAACUCCUGCUGGGAACAGCUCAAAGUUUAUCGCUCCAAACAUGGUUAUUGUUGAACCUUUUCAUGAGUUGUUAUCUUCUUUUUCUGCAAUGUCAUUUUCUGAUGAAUACUUGUUAUGGACUGAGCUGAAGAAACUCUUCAAACAAGCUGAUUUAAGCGUUUUAAUGAGAAUGUGUAUGGAUACUCAUAUAGAAGGCGGUAUGAAUGUUUUACAAGUUCAACCUCGAAUUGAUGUUCUUCUCAAUGAACGCGAACGAAUGGAGAGUAUUUCCCAACUAAUGGCCAAUCGGACUAAAAGAUUAGAUGAUAUACUAUCGGCACUUAAUCCUCUGAUUCCGGGAAGGUACAUGAUGAUCAAUGAAAGAGAUAACAAAAUCAAAAUUCUACAAGAAACGGACGAGAAAAAUAGCGGAACCUUCCCGAAAUCGAAAGACUACACAACAGGCGCUGACCCUCAACCAAUUGAAGAGAUGUUUUCUGAGUUUGAUAGGAGAGUCCCACUUCAGUGGCAGAUCGUCGGUUUUAUGGCACCAGGAUGUUACUUGAGUGAAACAAAAUUGGAAAAGCUAUCCAAACUGUUUGGGAGAAGCAGCCAAUUUAAGAAAAAUUCUCGUGGUAAGAAGGGUAGAGGGCAUCAGGCUAUGAGAGGACGGGGGAUGAAGAAAAGAGGAUUUUCGUCUUAG